AUGGCUUCCUCCCAACCCGUAAAGCCGCCCCUGGCGAGCCAGCCGUCGCAAGUUCAACGACGCUCGCAACCCGGCCUACGAUACCCAUCAAGCGGCAAGACUAUAUACCACAGACCGCUAAACCGCAGCCGGACACAAGAGCUCAGCCAAGCAAGCUUUGCCUAUCUCUUUGGGGAAAUGGUCAGCUAUGCGCAAAAGCGCGUUACAGGCAUCCAAGACCUUGAAAAACGGUAUGAGUUCCCUCCUUCAGCAACUACUGAAUCAAACCUUCAAUCUAUGAUCUAUGCUAAGCUAUUCCUUUCUACCUAUAGACUUAAUGUCCAAGGCCACCCCAUCGGCCUCAAACUCCUCGACCUCCUGCUCUACCGUGAACCACCACGCACCCAAACCCGGCCCCUCAACAUUAUCGCCCUCCUCCAAUUCAUAACCACAGUCCUCUGGCGGCACCUCUUCUCCCGACCCGCCGACGCCCUCGAAAAAUCCUCAAACCCAGAAACCCCUGAGGAAUAUAUGAUCUCGGACAACGAGCCGCUGGUCAACCAGUACAUCAGCGUGCCGAAGGAGAUGAGCCAGCUUAAUUGCGCGGCGUUUGUAGCGGGGAUCGUGGAGGGUGUUUGUGACGGGGCGGGAUUCCCGGCGAAGGUUACGGCGCAUAGUGUGGGGAAGGGAGAGGAGGGCGAGCUGUGGCCUGGGAAGACGGUGUUUUUGAUCAAGUUUCAACCAGAGGUUGUGGAGAGGGAGGCGUAUUUAGGGAGGAGCUGA